CGCACAAACCGUUCUGCCAGAAAACAAAAUAUAAAGGAGGAGGCUCUCAGGUGGAGAAACAGAGAGUAGCAAAAAUGUCGUCGUUUUUGCAGUCAUUUCUGGAUCCGAAGAAGAACUGGUUGGCAGCUCUACACAUGAAAUCCCUCUCCAAACGCCUCUCCAAAUACGGCCUUCGCUACGACGAUCUAUACGAUCCUUACUACGACCUGGAUAUCAAGGAGGCGUUGAAUCGGCUGCCCCGUGAGAUCGUCGAUGCCCGUAACCAACGCCUUAAGCGUGCAAUGGACCUCUCCAUGAAGCACGAGUAUCUCCCCGAACAUCUUCAGAAAAUGCAGACACCAUUUAGGAGCUAUCUUCAAUAUAUGCUUGCUCUUGUGAAGAAGGAGAGAGCAGAGCGUGAAGCCUUGGGAGCUUUGCCUCUGUAUCAGCGAACCAUUCCUUGAGGUUUUUGAGUAUCGUAUAGUUGCUGCUGUUGAAAUUCGUUUUCAAAUGAUUUGUAUGCCAUAUCAUGCUUUGUUAGCAGAAGUGGACAUGAAUUUUACCUUUCCUAAUUGGUUGGUUACACAGUGAUCUGUGUCAGUUUUUCAAUGGAAUCACGAAUUGGGUUUAGUCCAUUCGCAAUGUCCUAAUAAUAUUUAGAGCUGUGAACUGCAUUUUAUGCUUGAAAUUAAGCAAUUCUACAAUUAACGGCCUUAGUAUCUAGAUGGCUUUCUUGUAACUUGUUAGUGGUUGUGUUCACCCUGAUCAUAAUGUGUAUUGGCUCUUGAACUUUCAUUGUUCGAGCAAA